AAAAAGUAUAGGCGGCUCUCAAGACACUCCUCAGUGUCUGAGAGGUUUUUUUUAGUGGAACGCGAAGAAGGAAAGAGUAAUCGUCGUUAGAUUUUUCGAUGAUUUGCACCAUCUUAUUUGGAGGUUGUACUAAGUAUCAUCUCGGCUACAAGUAGAAACAACAAAAGUUGUACAUCCAUCUCGAUAAUUUUCUGUAGUCCUUGCGUAAUCCACGAGGUGUUGUACAUUUCAAAUUUUUGUCCUGUUUUUCCUUGAAGAUUAACAAUAAAUUUUUUCAAAAUCAAGUUAACGAACGAACUACAACAAAAUUGGUGGUGCCUUUUGCCGACGACAAAAAACGAAAAAUAGACAUCGCUUCGUCUGCGCAUAGUACUCUUACAACGAGGUAUAAGAAUUAUAGAUACCUUGUUUUGAUUGUUCUUUUUCAAUCCCUGUCAGCAUUAUGAUGCCACUGAUGCAGAUCAUUGGGAUAAAAAAUAGAGUUGAAAUUAUAAAUUCGCAGUUGCCCCGUCACCUCAUUCAUUCUCCAUCAUCCAUCCUGCAGGAUCGAAAAAUGGUGAAAAAGUCGCGGAAGCACGAUACUGACUACACAGCAGAGGAGUGGGCUGAGUGGGAAGAGAAAAAUGGUAAAGCGACGUCUUGCUUUGUGUCACUGUCACUCGUCACUGGCGAAAUAGAGUAUAAGUAUUUACCUCCGCGUGUGGUAAUAACUCAUAAGAUAGUAGUAGGUCUUGGAUUUCAAUGUCACAACUUUAAAAUUCUACAAAACAUACCUGCAGGAGGUGAGCAGCAUCAAUCAUCCACCUACGGCCACCCACAAAACCGCGGAGGAGGACAUAGGAAAGGCUUUGACACAAAUGGUACGGUCAGGAUAACGUCUGGUACUAGACAUGCUUCUAGAUACGCCGAUCAUCCCUCUUACAAUAACAACCGGAACAACCAGCAGUUCAACUGCAGCAAAGAGAGCAGUGCCAGUUCUCGCGAAAGUGAAGAACCGUCCUACAAUGUCGCUGACCACGUGAGCCUCAUAUCGCCUGCAGCAUACAAGAAUGCAGAUGCAGAAGGGAAGAAAGUUAUGGACAAAAGUCAGCAACUACAAGGUUUGCCUAAUAAAAUCCUUCCGAGGACGCAUGACCUUGAUUCUCCUGCGUUGGCGCGUACUCCACAAAUCUACAAGGUGUUUGAUUGAGUCGACAUUCAUAGGUUUGAGACAGGAUUGUUCCUCUCGACUAGAAGUACUUUCGGAUUCUUGAUGCGGAUCCACCUCUUGUCCAUUUCUAAUACUCAAAUGAGUGGAACAAGCACUGAAGGAGCGAAGUCUGCCGCGGGAGCGACCCCUACAGGAGCGUCAUCCACAGCUGGAGCACGCAGGAGCAGUCGGCUUCUCUCCGGUCCAGGAUCGCCCCUAGAUAUUGACGGCAUGAUGUCUUUCUACCAUUAUUAAGGCUUCCCCUAAUCUUCCAUCUCCUCUAUAGGGAUCCCUCAAACAACAUAUGCGCCCCAAUACAAGGGAGAUACUGUCUGACGCACAUGCUUGAGGGAUUUCCACAGGGAUGAAGAAGGGAGAGCUCUAAUAUUUCAAUCUGUUCCAACAGAAUCAGAGCCUCAAUAGUACCAAAGCCAACAACUCGGGCACCAGUUUCUCCUUUCAUGGCGUUAAUGCUCCUAGUGGAAACAAGAACAGCAGAUACCAUGGUGCGAAUAAGAAUCAACAAUCAGGUGCAGCUGCUGGAGCUUCUGUGUCAUCAUCUUCGUCUUCAUCUGCUUCAUCUGCAGAUACUACGACCAACAGCACUAAUGCAGCAAAUGGAGCAGAGAGAAAUUCCUCCUCCAGAGGAGGAGGAGGUGACCGUGGGGAAAAUACAAAAAGUGGAAGUAGUAGAGAACAGCACAGGGGUAGUAGUAGUAAUAACAGUACUUCAAACAAUACAACUCCAACUGGUGCGGGUGUCAAGAAGUUGAAAGCGCGAAGCAUCGGAUCAAUAGAAUCGGGUGACCGUGAUUUACCAUCACUAGCAGAAGAUCAACAUCAUGCGGAGAUGAACACGACUUCCACGAAAGGGCGUACCACAUCCUACAAGUCCAACCACGGAGGAAAUGGAAGUAAGAGAACGACGCCCACUGGAACAGAUUUUGGAGCAGGACUCGAAGAACCAGGUACUAGAAAAACUAGAUCACGAGAGCAAAGUACUAACAAGAAUGGAGGAUCUUCCUACUACGGAAGUAACGGGGGUUACGGUAGUUCAUCUUCAACAUCUGGCGGUUAUCAUGGCACCAGUGGUACAACUAGUACUAGUGCUUCUUCCUCGUCGUCAUCAUCGGCGGGUUACAAUAAGAACAAUUAUACUGGUUCUGGUGCUGGGCAACAACAUGCUUACAAUUAUGGCACUAGUAGUAUCUCAUCUGCAGCGCCAGCGAACAAGGGCGGUAGUAGUAGAUCUUCAUACCAACAGAAUGACUACAAGAUGAAUGACCACUACAAUAGUAGUUACAACUACAACUACAAGAAGGGUGAUGGAGGAGGAUACAACAGCAAUUAUUACAAAGGUGGUUCUUCAGCUCGUCACGGUGAGCGAAUAAAUGGUUCAACAUCUUCCUCUAGCGGAGGUUAUUACAACAAUGGAGGAGGAGGAACAAGUACUACGACUAGAGCAGGAGACUACAACAACACUGGCUACAACAAGAACAUCAUCAAUUUAGAGCAGCAGCUAGGUGGUGGCUCUGGAGGGCCUCAUACAACUAAUGGAGGAGCUUUCUACAACCAACAAGAACAAAUGCACCAGGCUGCUGGAUACAAUAAUCAGCACCUAGGAGCUGGAGAAGAUACUUCUGGCGCAAGUAGUUCUUUUGGAACAAAUGCUCGUCAACAUUUUGGCGGAAAUAGUAGCUUCAACAUGGGCCAACAAGUAGUGCCUGAUCAACAUGUUCAUCUUCACGGUAGUACUGGAAUCGGACAAAAUCUUCCACCGAUGCCUCCUUGUUCAAUGGCGUCGAACAAUCCUGCUCAGAUGAUCAUGCCCUCUUCUAGUGCAGCCUCGACCAGUAACAACCCGUCCUUUGUAAACCUACGACAGAACAACAACAUGAUGGGAGCAGGUGGAGUACUACAACAGCCACAUUUGUUACAACAACCUGGAGGUUUACAACAACCUGGAGGUGGACCUAACAUGCAGGUGACCACUGGAACGUCGAUGGGAACCAUGGAUCUGAGUCCGAGUCUUCAUCCACAAGCUAGCAAUACCAUGUCGACAUCGUUCAACAUGGGUAGCAACAGUGUUGAUUCCGGAAUGGCAGCUCCUGCUAAUAUGAUGAAUCCGCUACAGCAACAGCCGCCUGCUCUUCCUCCUGGCACGAAUAUUACAGUUGUUGGGAACAUGAUGAUGAACAACAUGUUGAACACAACAACUCCUGGAAAUGCUGGAGGAGUCAACAACAUGAACAUGAACAACAUGAUGGAGCAGAUGACUAACAACAUUAUGGUGAAUGCCAAUCAGAACCAGUUCGGUGGAUCCAGUGCUAUGAUGAGUAAUGCGGCUGGUGUUCAACCUAGUAUUGCUAUGCCAGGAGUAGGAGCAGGCUUGAAUCCUCAGGCACCAGCUUUUAACCUCGCAGCUGUUGAUACAACACCAUUGAAGUCUACGGCGCCUAUGAGUGCAAAUCUGAACGGAAUGCCCACAAUGUUGCCCACGACGACAACAACACCGAUGCCUACAACUGCGACACCGAUGCCCACGACAACGACGCCAGUGCCGACCGCCACGCCAAUGGCAGCAGCGCCUCCGUCAAACGUAGCACCAAAGCCACCUUCAUUUUUAGUAGAGCGACCCCUUUCGACUACUCCUGAAUUCAACAACAGCCAAGAACAACAAACAACAGGAGAUAAUAAGCUUGACUUUCGAGCACAGAUAAUGGCUCAAGUAAGCGCUGCCGCACAGCAACAAGCACAGCAGGAACAAGCUGCAGCACUACAAGUGCGGAUAGCAGCUGCAAAUCUGACUCAACAGCAGCAACAACUAUUACAACUACAAAAUCAGUUGAAUGGAGCAGCUGCAAAUGAGCAGAACAAGCAGGCAGGAGCACAAAUUCAACUCCAACUCCAACUGCAAAUGGCCCUUCUAGCACAUCAACAGCAACAACAACAACAACAACAACAGAUCGGAGGUAAUACUGCAAUUACUGCAACGACUGGAAUAAAUAGUGCUCCUAAUAUAACAGGUGGACCUACAACAACUUCUGCAGGAGGAGGAGGACACAGCAUACCUGCGUUCCCACCAGCAUUGCCUGCUUCUGCCUCACUAUCACUAGCAACGUCACUACCAGGAACUACUUCUUCUAACGCGAUUAAGGAGCCCGAGCCCUGGGACUUUCUAAGGAGCUUUGCCCCCUCCGAGAAACUGACAGCAGGCAUCUGUGAGAUUGGCAUAGGCUUGAGAAAAAUGGAGGAGGAACAGAUGGCGCUAAACUCACGUAUUUUUUUUAGAGUAGAUGUAGAAUAAUUUGUAUAUUAUAAGUUGUUCUGAAUCGGUAUCGGGCACCCCAAUGCAUAAGUUGUUCUUUUAUAGGAUAUUGCGCCUCCUACUGCUUGCACUUACUUACUUACUUACUUACUUACUUACUUACUUACUUACUUACUUACUUACUUACUUACUUACUUACUUACUUACUUACUUACUUACUUACUUACUUACUUACUUACUUACUUACUUACUUACUUACUUACUUACUUACUUACUUACUUACUUACUUACUUCGGCUUUCUCUUCCGCGACUACUUUUACGAGCUCUCCACUGGAGGUACUAGAUGAUAUUGGAUGGCCUCAAAAGUACACAUUAAUAGCUACACAAGAGGCGCCACGACAUGACAUUUGCUUAGGUCUAGGCGAGCAGCCGGACUAUCUACUAGGGACAAGACUUUUUGUAAGAAAAAACCUGUUAGUGUCCUUGCAGCACACAACCACUCACAAACAGUUGACCACCGGUUGCUUUUGGAUAAGUUGAUCUAUUUGCAGCAGGAGAGUCUUCGGGAUAUAAAAGAGACGUUGAGGGUACUCACACCGGUGGAGCUGCAAGUGAAGUGGGCUCAAACUUUGGAACGCGCGGCCUGGGUUCCACUGGUAGAAGCCCACUGUCAUGCUAUCGCAUUUUGUCAACCAAAUGUUGGCACGGAUUCAUCUGGAAAUGUACAGCCUUGCUCGAGAAUUUCUACCAAGAAUUCCGUGAUUCUUACCGGAGAAGGGUCUGGUUCAGCUGCGAAUAACAGCUCGGAUGUGGAAGAAGAAAACAGCGCAUCAUCAACAACUGCAGUCCUGCAGCGGCCACCGACGACUGGGUACUACUUCUAUUUCACAAUUCGCUAUCGCUAUAAUGACCUGAAGACACAACUAGACUCGUCAUAGAUCAUGAAGCUUCAUCAAGAUCUGAAACUGAUACUCUAACGGAUGGCAGGAAUGUACUUUCAGACAUUUGAAGUUACGAUUCUCCUACUCCUGCUUAGGUUCACUUCCGGUUCAUCGUCUGCAACUUCAGUCCGUGGCAGUAGCGUGAAUUACAGCGCUCUGACGGCUCAAACUAGCACAGCUGUCGAACCUGCAUUCAACAGAAACACAACUACUUCAACAAGUUCGACAAAGAGCCGCGCAACAGUGCAAACCUUGUUGUUGAGUAACCAAAUCAUGAGCGUAGGUGGAGAUGUGAAAGGGAAGCCGUGGGAUGCUAGUUCGAGUUCGCCAUCGGGAGAAGAACCGGCAGCUCCUCAAGGUGCCCUCUCUGGUAGUGGUACUUCUAGUAGAGGUAAAAACAGUAACUACAAAAACAAAAUUCCGACGUUGACAUCUACUUCGUCGUCCUCAGCUGUAUCUUCUUCAAGUGAACAAGUAGAUGGAGCAGCAGGAGUCCAGGGUCCUACUUCAACGACAUCAGGCACAGACUCUUCAUCAGCAAAUAAAGUAGAGCUACUGCUGCCACGAUCUGCUAGUUCUGGUAGUAGUUUUACAGCACCAGGAGCUACGUCGUCUUCAGUGCAAUAUCCUGCGUCGCCGUCGACCGUCGCGUACAAUUUGAUGAAUCCAGGUGUCAACUUGUCUGCUUCAUGCAGUUCAUCGGCUUCGUCUUGCUCGUCUCAGUCCUCGGCCUAUGGCGAUAGUAUUGUUGAGGCAGGAGCGACGUCUUCUCCACCAAGGAAGGUGUACCGACCACCAAGACUGCGAGAUCACCUGAUGAACACAUCGAACAGCACCAAUUCGGGAGGCGGAAGCAAUACCACAAUUAAGGGUUACCACAUUGCAUUCUUCACUACCAUCGUCCUUGACUUUUUUUCCAGUAGGACGAAAGAGGUGAGGGAAGAUGAUCUGAAGAAUGCAAUGCCGCAACCUCUAACACAAAGGGCAUUUACGCAGUUUUCAACACUGGAACGCCAACUCACCGGGAUCGGGACAGUAGUUCAUCUUAUCAUCAUCAGCACCAUAACACGACCAGGACAACUUCUAGCGUAACACCAACAGGAGGAGGACCUCCGCACUUCUCGAAUGGAAUCAACAUCAUCACUGGGUCAUCAGCUAAUGCACCCGCUGUUAGUGCCUCCAGUGCAGCCCUCAGUAGGACGACAUCUUUGUCGAACAGUACGCCGGGAGGAGGAGCAGGAGGGAGUAAAACUCCUACUUUGAUGAACAAUGACAGUUCGUCGAAGAGCAGUGCGGGCACAGCUACGAUUACAGGGCCUACUUCUGGGACGACCACAAAAACAAAGUCCAAAGUAAACCUCGUCUCUACUUCCAUAGAAGAACACGAAGCAGCUGAGCCAACUACUCCCGUCUCCUCAUUCGCAACUCCUUCUGAUGUCGAUGCUCAAACUUGUGCCUCAUCUUCUGCUGCCAGUGAUAGGCAAUCUCAAUCACUGGUCUACGCUCCUCCUGAUGCACCUGCUAACUACCUCAAAAUGAUGACUGGAACUACUACUAGCACGACAUCAGGAGCCGUCGGAGCAACUACAGCUGCAACGGUCUCUACAGCAUCUACUUCACAAGCCGGAUUGAGAACUGUGGCUGAGUGCAAAGUCCUCUCCGCUUCCGAGGAAGAGGAUGAUGAAGCACAUGUUGAUGUGAAGCAAGAAAACGAUGGUGCGCUUUCUUCUCAGAACAACAUUGAGAGUCAGGAGUCUUCUCCGGUUCCAGAGGCCAGUGUGCCAAUAACUACGGAAGUAGAAGACGUCAGUCGUGUCGAAGUUGUCAUCAAUAACGAGCGCCUGACCAAAGGAGUGGAAGCUGCAUGGCAGAAGAUCGUAACAAACACGAUAACAUCUACUUCUUUAGGAGGACGUGGAGGUUCUAGUAGAAGAGCAGGCGCUUCACCUUCAGGAGCUUCACCAGAUGAACAUAUCGUUCCUAUCGGGACGAAGCUUGUAAGAGGUAGAGCAGCAGGAGAAAUGAAAUUAUCCCCUUUCGAUUCCGUUGAUGCAACGAGUCAACGGUUUACAGCAGCGCUGAUCCGUGAUUCGCUGCAGGUGGAGGGAAGUUUUGAGGAACCCGAAGACGACCACUACGGAUCACCGGAAGACCGAUUGCACGACUCGCCUAUUCCACCGCGUUCUCGCUCUCCAGCCUCCGACAGGAUAGCGAAGCGUGAGAGACGUAUGAAAGCGAUGGUCAUGCAGCAAUUGCGAGACAGUGGUAGGUCUUCGUUCAGUGAUGAAAAACUGAACCUGUUAGGUCCUCAGGAGUCUGCUUUUACGCCAGUGCUGGGCGGAUUAGGCCUAGGACUCGGAGCUAGUACAUCAAGUCAUCUGAAGCAACAGCUGUUAGAGGAGCGAGUCGUGGGAAAGAAAAUUGGCGUACUACUUCACGCAGAGGGAGAAGCACAAGAACCACAACAAGAGCAGAAAAAAGAGGUAGUACUAGAAGAAGGCAAAGGUGGUGAUGGUGAUCAACCUGCUCCUAUCCUGCAGGAAGAAGCAGUUGUCUUUCCAACCUCUGUCGACGCAGAAGACCUCAAAGAAGCACAACUUGAAGAAGACCUAGGUGAGGAUGAACAUCUCGCUGAUGUCGUUUACGAUCAUACUGUCUCCAGCGUCGGAACAAGUCCGAUUCAGAAACGAGUCCUUGGCAAUAGCACCAAACGUGACACCAUGAAUCUUGACGCCUUCAUCGAGGCAGAUGAGAGCCUCCAGGACGAGGAUAACAGUGUUAGCCUUCGUGCUCGUGAUGUAAAUGAUCACUCGCAACAGGUUGACGCAGACGGUGAAUCCGAAGGAGAGGAUGAUGAAGAAGAUGAAUCUACUACAGUCAUCGUGGAACCGACAGCAGCCACUCCUGGCACAAAUUCUCCUUCUCGUUCUCCUGGCGGCAAACUUAAACAAGUAAAAGUAGUAGAGAUUGAAGUGGAACAAGAUCAUGAGGCUGGUGAUGAUAGUGCGACCCAGGGAGAAGUUGAAGUGGAAGAGCAGGGUAAAAAGACUGUUCUAACAACAACAACAGAUCUUCAAAAUCCCAGUGCUGUCCAGCUCCAGCAGGAAAACAAUGACGUAGUAGAAGUCUUGCUCCAGGAGAUGACUACACCAACAGGAGACAAGAUAGGUUUGCUGGAAAAUGCCUUUGACGCUAAGGAUGAGGACUUCCACUCACCCUCAGGCACACCUGUUGCGGCAUCUUCGGAGAAGUCCACAACUGCCGCAGGCAGUUCCUCCUCGUCCUGCUUUCAGGAUGAGCUGUAGGAAAGUUUGCGAGUGAAGAUCGCUGAAAAGAAGUUUUGCUUAAUAUAUACUGAACACAACAUGAAGUACGUACUCCGAGCAUUAUACGUAUAAAACUAGUAUAAUAAACUACACUGCUAAAUAAAGUAGUCCUCGUCCUCUAGGAGUUACGCUUUGAACAAACAGAACCAUCAUCAAUACCUCAUGAUCGUUGAGGUUAAUCGACAAGAGAGCUGAAGGUGAUGUAUAGGCUCUGAAUCUGAAAUCACGUAAUAAAUAUGUUUAUUCGUUUAUUCUCGAGAACGCGAUCAUGUCAAAAAAUCUCUACCUAUCUACAUGAACUUCAGCAUAAAUAAAGAAAAGGCUUUUAUUAUCUUCACAGAACAAAUAAGGAAGUGCACAGAGGCACGUCGUAAAUCAUACCCCGUAACCGAGAAAGUAGAAAGUGAGCUACGAUAAGUAGAACUACGUCGAUGCUGUACAUCUUGAUCUUCUCUCCACCACGAAAGAAGAACAACGACGUCGAGUAAUAUCUUUCGUUGACGAAUCCGGAUCUUCUGGUGGCGCAGGAACUACAGAACUUGUUGUACAAUUCAAGAAGCACGUGUAAACGUAAACGACCACGGAACAAAAAAUUAUAAGAACUCGUCAUUACAACUACAAGUAAGUAAAACUAGUUCGGAACUAGAGUAGCUAAUGCAAUUUAGUCAGAAAUAAGAAAUCGAUAGUGUUGGAUAGUUGUCGAAGUUGGUUCUUCGUUGUGGUCACGCUGGGGCUCCUCCCUCUGGGAGUGCCGAGUGAUUGUUAUGCGCAACCACUGAGAACCAAAGUACUUAAUCAAUUUCAAUGUCUUGAAGCAUAUUUCCCUCGAACUCGUCAAUACUACAAGUACAAGAACUAGAAGUAGAACUACAAAAAUGCAGCACGUCAACUAAGCACAAACAAAAAUCGUUUUUCCUUCUUUCAGCAAUUUCAUCAAAAGAUUAAUAUCGUUGUUCAGAUUUGAUGUUUUCUAGGUUGUAACAAAAUGUUGAACAGGACGUAAAGUUCUUGUACUUCCAAGAAUAAGACGUAUGUUAUUUUUUGUCAUUAGAACUAGUACUCAAACUAUCAGAAUUAUCAAUUUAUCAGAGAACUCAACAUCGUUCGUCAGAACAAGUUACGCAUGUUACUGCGACGAAAUCGCGACGAGCACGAGACCCACGACAUCACACUGUUGUGUGUUGACACUGGAUGUCAUACGCCGUUCGACGCAUAGUAUAAUUGAUGUUAAGAAAGAUGAAGAGAACACCACGUUGACGUUUGUCGAUUUCUUGGAAGAGCUGUAGAACUUCAAAACGUCGUCCUUCUUCUCAAAUUUUGACCUGUAGGUACUUGCAAUAACUUGAUAUUCAUAUGCCUGUGCGCUUUACCUGUCAGUCCGUGAAAGUAUUCACUGUGUUUGUGUAAAAAAUCAGUUCUAAGAAAAAUCAAAGAAGAAAAUCGCAUCAUGCAUCGCCCAGUUGAAUAGUGCAAGUGGCUCCUCGGCAAGUUAAAAGGGACUAGUGGAUCAUACUAAAGUGCAAGUUUAUGUUGUCAAAAAGUGAAAACUCCAUUUCUGCAUGAAGAAAAGUACAACAACUAACACGAUGUAACUUAGACUUAUUCUUGCUAGUAUGCAGUGUACCUGUGCCGAACAUGAUCAGACGAGCAUCAAAAGGGUCGUCGUAUCUUCUUUGUCACAUGCAGACAGCGUCGCACCUUCUUCGGCUCCGGUAGUGCACCGAUGAGCAAGUAGAGCAACUCCAAAAGAAAGCGGUAGAACUACACAAACAUUAAUAGAGUGAUGAUCAUAUUAGUCAUACUCUUAGAUGUAACAAGAAGACGUAAACGUUGACGCAGUAGUAGAACUGGAACCUAUGAAAUUAUCUGCCUACAUUUUUGUCAUGAACAAGGAAGCAGUAAUAAAUAUCAUCAUCAUCGAUAGUUUUGAAGUAGAUACACGACGGGUACUACAAAACGUUAUUACAAGUAGAUGACGCACAAUUUGUCAUUCUCUCUUCUCCAAUACCAAUGAUCAUGAAGAAUAUUAUUGCAGUUGACCGCUGAGCCCGCCAAGUAGUACGUAGUACAACAAGAAAAAUAAAGAUGAACCCCUAUUCUAUGUGUACAAUAUCGAGAACCAAUUUAUUCAUUCUAGAACUACAAGAGAUGAAAGAUGUUUUGAUCAUCCACAUUUUGAUUUUGUCGAUAAUUCAUCCGAGCAUGUUACAGCAGAUACGAGUCACGAUGAAAGAGAACCUACACUAUGAGCUACAACAACGAUCAUGUACAACAUGUUGAAGCUCCUUGUUGAACAUCCACGUAGUGGCCUAUCGAACUAAAAGCUCCACGAUCGACAUAAGUAAACGACACCAAACAAUAACAAACUCAUCUUCUUGUAUGAUCAUGAUAGCAAUUUUUGCUUGUAUUAUGCGACGAGUGCAGCCUCUG